AUGUCAGAUCCACUUGAAUUAUAAUAAAAUAUAAAAAUUAAAGCAUUUUUAUUUUCAAGAGAAGAAUUAAUACAUAUAAUGAAUAAAAUAAUAUUAAUUGUUUCCUUGUUGCUAGUAUUUGUAUCAAGUCAAUAAUACAGUAUAACACAAUGCAAUUGUACACAAUUACAAUCUGAGGGAGAUUGUAUUAAAAAUGUUUCACCAGUAUGUUAAUGGGAUAGUACAAAAAAGGCAUGUUAAAUUUCAAAUACAACUGUCACUCCAAUUCCUAGUUAUGCAACAUAUUGUGAUUCAUUUGCUGAAACUGAUUGUCCAAAAGCGGCACCUUGUACUAAUUGUGGAAAUUAUUCAGCUUGUGCAUGGGUAGAGGGCAAAUGUACAUUUUUUACAAGUUGUACAGCAUUUGCUAAAAAAUCAGAUUAAGAAUGUUAAGCAAUAAGUAAUAGAUGUAUAUCAGAUGGAACUCAUUGUGUGGAAAUAGAUGAUUGCACUACUUAUAAAAAAUAAAUUGUUUGUAUCAAAAACGCUGUAGGAAAUUCAUGUUAUUGGGAUUCAACAAAUAAUACAUGUUUAGAUGCUAACACUUGUGAUAAAUUACCAUAAAGUUUAAUAUCUGACAAAGAUUGCAGAGAUGCCAUAAUAACAUGUACUACAAAGAGUGGAGGUGGAUGUAUAAUAAGUGGAAAUAAUUGCAGUGAUUAAAAAUUAGAAAUAUAAUGUGUUUGGAAUUAAUCAAAAACAAUUGCUUGUUAUUGGGAUGGAGCAAAUUGUAAAGAUAGAAUUUGUGAUAAUGCUCCUACAAAUUUGAUAACUGAUGAUGCAUGUAAAUCUUUUAGAACUGAUGGUACAUGCACAACUAAACUUAAUGGUGGAUGUAUAACAAGAACUACAUGUGUUGCUGCAACUAUUAAAGAAGCUUGCAUCUAGAAUAUAUCAGGAUAGAAUUGCUAUUGGAAUGGUGUAAAUUGUGUUGAUAAAAUUUGUGCAAAUGCUCCAAUUACAUUAACUACUAAUUCUGAUUGUGCAGGAUUCUUAACAGGAUGCAUUACUAAAUCAGGUGGAGGUUGUAUUCAAAAUGGGUCAUGUUCAGUAGCAAAUAUACAAACAGCUUGUGUAUAGAAUGUAAUAGGGAUCACUUGUAUUUGGGAUACAACUUGCAAAGAAAAGACCUGUUCUAAUGCACCAUUAUCAAAUAAUACUCAUGAUCUAUGUACAUCUUAUCUAGUAUCCUGUACUGUUAAAUCAGGUGGUGGAUGUUAAAAUAGAACAUGUACAAAUGCUCCCAUUACGAUUACAACAAAUGGAGAAUGUGAAGCAUAUCUACCAGGAUAGAAUUGUAUUGCAAAAACUGGUGGUGGAUGCAAUACAAAUACUACUUGUUCAGCAAUUACUUUAGAGGCUGCUUGUAUUAAGAAUUCCUUAGGUUUUACUUGUUUUUGGGAUUCAACAAGUACAAGUUGCAAAGAUAAGACAUGUUUGAAUGCACCAUCAAAUAACAACACACAUGAACUUUGUUAAUCUUUUUUGAAUACAUGUACUGUCAAUUUUUCAAAUACAGGAUGUGUUGAUAAAACAUGUGAAAAUUCAUUGACAUUAGCUAUUUGUGACAAAGAUAUUAACAAUAAAGUUUGUAUAUGGAAAGGUAAAUGUUAUAAGAAACUUUGUGUCUUAGCUUCAUCAUCCAUAACUACUCACACUGAUUGUUAAAAUUAUCAUUCCAGUUGUACUUUAAGUAACACAGGGUUAGGAUGUGUUACACUUCCUCUAAAAUGUGAAGCAAUUACAAUUGAAGCAGCAUGUCAUAUUAAAAUUAAUGGUUAAUCAUGUGGAUGGAAUGGAUCUUAAUGUAUUGACAAAUCUUGUUCUACUGCUUCAAAGGCUUAUUCAAAUACUUUAUAAUGUUAAUCCUAUAUUUCAAGUUGUGUUGCAAAUAAUCCUACAAUAAUAAAUGGGUCCUCUACUAUUUAAGGAUGUUAAGAUUUACCAACUUCAUGUUCAGCAAGAAGAGCAUCUGAAAAUUGUGAAAUAUAAAGAGCAGGAUUCCCAACUUGUUUAUGGGUUUCAUCUUCUUCAUCUUGUGUUGAAAAGUCAUGUGCAACAGCUAAUCUAGUUGGAACAAGUAAUGCAAUUUCACCAGGAUCAUUUUCAGUUAUUAAUUGUUCAAGUUAUUUAACUGUAUGUGUUAAAAUGGAUGCAUAAGGUGCUUGUAUUUAGACAUAGAAUCCAUGUAUUUCAAAUAAUACAUCUGAUGGAUGCAUGAAUAAACCAUCUAGUUGUAAUGUAUUAGUUUAAGAUAAUUGUACUAUUGGGUCUACAAUAAGUGGUAAUUGUUAUUGGAAUGGAUCUAAUUGUGUUGAUAGGACUUGUGCAAAUAUCAUAAAAAUUACUCAUAAUGAUUGUAAUAGUAUAUUUGAUCAAUGCACAGUAAAUAAUGGUUAAACUAGUUGUUAACAACUGUAAGAUUCAUGUUCUUCUUACAGCAUUUAAGAUAACUGUAUAAUAACAUCUAUGAAUAAAAAAUGCUUAUGGACUGGUAUAGCUUGUAGAAAUUCAACUUGCGCUGAUGCUCCAGAUACAAUAGCAUAUGAUUCAGAUCAAGAAUGUUAGGGUUAUCCUGUACCAGAUGAUACUUGCACUGUGAUAUACAAAAUUGGAGGGUUAGGAUGUGCUUCAAAAUUAACUAAUUGUACAGAUUAUAUGAUAUAAGCACAAUGUCAUUAAACCAUCUCAAACUAAACAGGAAUUGAUGAUUGUAAAUGGAUUAUUGAUUAAUGCUAUUCUUUGUCUACAUUUGCAACAGGAUCUUGUUCAUCAUUCAAAGGAACAUAGGCCAUGUGUUUAUAAUAUAGAACUGGAUGUACUAAUGUUGUUAGUGCUUCUGCUUAAUCUUCAUGCACUGUAGAUUGUACUCUAAAAACUGGAGUAAAUUUAACAUUUUCAGAUUGUUAAGCAGUUGAUGUAUCAUGUUCUGUAAAAAAAGAUGGUACUGGAUGUAUUGUUAUUUAAUCUACUUGCUAAGGAUAUGAAUAAUAAUCAGCAAAUUGUUUCAGAUCUACUGCUGGAUUGUGUAUUAUGAAUAAUGCUGUUCCUCCUACUUGUUAAUCAGUGACUUAACCAUCUGAGUGUGUCCUUUUAAUUGGAUUAACAGGCUUAGACCAUGCUAAAUGUUAAGCCUAUAAUUCCCUAUGUACUUCUUUAAGUGAUGGAUCUGGAUGUUAACCAUAUUAGCAAAGUUGUACAAAUUAUUCUAAUAGUAAUUCAUGCACUAUUAUUCCAACAGGUAAAUGCUUUUUUAGUGGUGGUUCUUGUAUUAGUAUAACCAGUAAGGCAAAUUGUUCAACAAUAACUGGAUUAACAGGAUUGGAUCAUGCAAAAUGUCAAGCCUACUUUAAUGGUUGUACAUCGAUUGGAGAUAAUACUGGAUGUUAAGAGCUUAAAAAUUCAUGUGAAGACUAUCCAGGAACAGUAGCUGGAUGUACGAGAUCAUUAAUUGGAAAAUGUUAUUUAUUUAAUAAUACUACUUGUAUUACUAUUGCAAAUCCAGGAACUGAUUGUGUUAAAAUAACUGGACCUGCUGCAACUAUAACCUAUGAAUUUUGUUAAUCAUACAACACAGCAUGUAGUGUGAAUAGAGCUAGGAGUGCUUGUAUCUAAUAAUUUGCUGAAUGCACUAGUUAUACUCAAAUAACUAAUUGUUAUCAAUCAAAAAAUAGUAGAUGUAUUGCUAGUAAUAUUAUUGAUUCCGGUUGUGUUUCAGUUUCAACUGCCUAAACUUGUGAAGCAGUGUAUUUGGGAAUUGGAAAUUAUAGUGAAGUUAAUUGUAAUGCUUUUAAAUCAGGAUGUACCUAUAACGGUAAUUAAUGUGCAACUAGAGUUUGCUCUCUUGCUACAGGGUUUGCAUUCACUCAUUUAAAUUGCUACAAUUGGUUAAAUACAUGUACUGUUAAUAAUGGAAAUAAUGCAUGUAUAACUAUGGCAUAAAAAUGCACAGAUUAGAAUUAGAAUUCAUGCCUAAGAGCUAUAGAAGGUGAAUGUGUUGUAUUUAAUUCCUAAUGUGUCAAGAAGACAUGCGAUAUUGCUACAGCAAAUGAAAAUUAUAAUACUGAUAGUGAAUGUUCCACAUAUUUGUAAUAAUGUACUGUUGCCAGGACAGGAGGAUGCCAAUCCAGGACUGUCUGUUCAGACUAUAUUUCUUAAUUACAAUGUACAUUUAAUAGAAGUGGUGGAAAAUGCUUCUGGAAUCCAACACUUAAGAAUUGUGUUGAUUUGAAUUGUGGAUUAAUAGAAAAAACUUCUUUAUUUGAUACCCAUGCAAAAUGUAUGGCAGUAGAUGCUAAAUUACUAUGUACAGUAAGAGCAGCCGAAGGUAUUCCUUAACCAGGUUGCAUGGCUAGAAUACUUUGUAGUUCAUAUUCAACUUAAGACUAAUGUCACUUGAAUCAUCUGGGAAAUGAAUGUGUUUGGAAUACAAACCCAGGCAAGGCAAUCUGUUAAGAAAAGUCUUGUUAUACUGCUCCACUAUCAACAGUCACGCAUAAUGAUUGUUAUUCAUAUUACAAUACUUCUACUGUUACAUGCACUGUUUCAAUUAAUGAUGGUGAAUUAGGAGGAUGUUAAUAAACAGCUGAUUGUGCCCUUUAUGCCAAAAAGGAGCAAUGCCAGAUCGAUUGGAAAGGGGAAUAUUGUGCAUGGAUUGAAACAUCUUCUUAAUGUGCAGAUAAAUCUUGUGAAACUGCUCCUGCUACCUCGGAUUAUGAUGAUGACUCUAAAUGUAGAUCUUACUUAAGUAACAAAUGUACAGUUUCUUAAAGUGGAUAAGGUUGUGUAAAUGUUCCUGCAUCAUGUGAAAUAAUGACAGAGAAGUAAUGUUAUUUCAAUAAGAAUGGAGAUCCUUGUUAUUGGACAGGGACAACUUGUGUAACAAGAUCAUGUGAAAAUGCUCCUGAUUCUGUUAGUUCUGCAGAUGAAUGCAAUGCAUAUUUAGCUGGAUGUACAUCUGAUACUGUUAAAUGCAAGACAAAAGUCUGUGAAGAUUACUAAUUUACUACAGAUGCCCUAUGUCAAUAGGAAUUAUCUACAUGCACCUCAAAUGGAAAAUAUUGUGUCACUAGAGGGUCUUGUUUUUAAGCUACAAGUUAAGCUGGUUGUGUUACUUCAUCUACUGGAUAAAGUUGUGAAUGGAUAGCUGCUCAAGGGUAUUGUACAAUAAAAAAUUGUCUUACUGCUCCUUUAACAUUGACAACUGAAGAAGAAUGUGCCAAUUAUUUCACUAAAUGUACAACUAAAAAAGGAGGUGGAUGUAUAACCAAAUCAACUUGUGCUGGUACUUUGAUUGAAGCUGGAUGUACAACUGCUUUAAAUGGCACUGUCUGUUUUUGGGAUGCAGAAAUAAAAAAAUGUAGAGAUAGAGAUUGCUAAGAUUUUAAUGGAAACUCCCAUCACGAAUGUCAACUUUAGAGAACUGGGUGUACAAUGGGAAUCAACGGAAAAUGUGCAAGAGUCUAAAAUUGUAAAUAAACUACUAUAAGAGGAGCCUGCAUUGAAGGAGCUGAUGGACCGUGUUUAUGGAUAGAAAAGUAUGAGAAUGAUGAUGGAUCCAAGGGAUCUUGUUUCAAAUACACAUCAUGCAAGAGUUUAAGUUGGGAUAAUGAUUAGAAAUGUAAAUUGGUAAGUAGUUAAUGUACAACUAACGGAUCCCAUUGUGUUGGUAUCUCAUUAUGUUCAGAAACUAAUACAAAUGGAGGAUGUGUAACAGGAUAUGACGGUGCUUGUAUUCAAUCUGUUCCAGCCUUGAAUUCAUCCGAUCCAAAAGUUUGCAAACCUUUUAAUUCAUGUAUUUAGGCCUAUUACAUUACUCAUUCUGAUUGUUAAUAAGCAAAUAACAAAUGUACAACAAAUGGAGUAACAGGAUGUAUAGCUUUAGGAGAGUGUUCAUCUUACACUUCCAAAGCUGGCUGUUAUAUUAAUGAUAAGGGAUCAAUUAAAAGUGGAGACCUUGUUAUUUCUACAGGCAUUUGCAUUUGGAAUAAUAACACUAAUAAAUGCAGAGAUUAAGAAUGUUCUGACUUAACUGGAUCAACUCAUUCAGAAUGUUCUUCCAAAUUAUCCAAAUGCACAUCAAAUGGUGCAAUAUGCAUACUAUAAGGAAAUUGCUCAACUUAUACUACUUAAAGUGUAUGUUUAGUAGGCAAAGCAAAUGAUGGUCCUUGUUUCUGGGAUUAAACCUCUACAACUUGUCGUAUACAAGCUUGUAAAGAUAUUCAAAAUGGUAACACUCCUGAUGCUUGUUCUAUCAUGUCUUGUGUUACUGAUGGCACUAAUUGUAUUCCUAAAGCUAAUUGUUCCACUUAUAAAAAUAAAACUACUUGCAAUCAAGGAGGACUAGAUGGAAUUUGUGUAUUCACUUAAACAUCAACUUCCGAGGGAUCUUGUAGUUUAAUGACUGGUUGUGCUUCUGCAAAUAAAGAUUAAAGUGCUUGUAAUUUUGCUAGAGAUAGAUGUCAUUGGCAUAAAGAUGAGACUACAAAUUCAACAUAAUGUGUUACUCAUACAUGUGCUACAAAUUAGGCUAUGAAUGGAUCUUGCACCCGUUUUUUUAAUUGGGAUAAAAAAACAUAAUAAAUCUGUGCAAUUUUUACUGGAGUAUGCUAAGCAGUUGAUCCAUCUACAUUAUCUAAGGAUGAUUGUUUCUUGAUAUCGGGUUACACAUAUACAUGGAGUACUUCUAAUAAUAAAUGUGGAGUAUGUACAACGAUUAAUCAAGGUACUAAUACCACUAACAACAACAGUAACCAAACAACAAAUAACAUAACAACUAAUUCAGGAUAUCUUAUUAGAGUAACCAUAAUAAUUUUAGGGUAUCUAAUAUUUUGAUGU